AUGAAACAAGUCUACCGAGAAGCUUACGUUGACGGAAGUGAGCGGUUGGUUAUCAUCAAGUACACCAGGCAACUGAAACGGUCGGUCCUUUUCUAUAGUGUGAUGUUUAUGGGUGGAGUUGCCCUGACCGGGAUACUUCCGUUGGUAGUUUAUUUGUGGAAUGGGGACAAGAUUCUACCCUUCGGCAUCGUGAUUCCAUUCAUCAAUCCCGAAACGACUGAUGGCUAUGAGCUGAACUAUCUAUAUCAGGUUAGCUAUAUGUUUUGGGCGCCCCCUGGACUGACCGCAUCGCAGAACUUCUACUUCGCUUUGGCGUUCAACAUAUGUAUUCAGUACGAUGUUUUGGUUCUGAAGGUUCGGAACUUGGACGAGAUGAUAGCCAAAAAUGGAGAUGGGGAGUUGAAUGGUAAGAUACGGGAGGGUUUAACCAACAUAAUCCAAUAUCAGCAGCGAUUGGUGAAUUUCAUUUCUGAUCUCGAACAACUGUACGCCUUUCAAACGCUUGUUGAAGUCGCGUGCAAUGCUAUCCAAAUCAUCAUAACUUUGUUUGUACUUCACAUUGAUAUGUGGUUCCCCGGAUAUUUGGUCAUUAUCGUGUCAACGUUUCAACUGUUGCUGUGGUGCAUGCUGGGGACGCUGAUCGAUGUCAAAAGUGAUGUGUUCACCGAUCAAAUCUACAACAUAUCAUGGCAUAACAUGGCGAAGGAAGAUAAAAAAAUAUUUAAAUUCAUGCUGGAAAUGUCGCAACAAUCGCAGAAGUUAUCCUGUGGGAGAAUUAUGACUGUGAACAUGAAUAUGUUUGUGGCGAUCUACAAAAAAAUCUACACGAUUUUCAUGAUGUUGCAGAACGUUUGA